AUGCUCAAGAAGUCAAGACCUGAGGUGCAACCUCUUACAGAGACAGCGCCUGAACCUCCACCACCCGAGCCCCGACCCAAGACACAGAAAGAAGAAACACUCGAGAAGGCACGCAUAGUCUUUGGCUCGAAGCUCGCCGGCCCAGCCGAACGUCGAAAAGAAAUAGACGCAGCUUCAAAGAUAAUCGCUGGCAUAACCGUGCCUCCCAAGCCCGAGGAACCGGAUAAUUGCUGCAUGUCAGGAGACGAUAUGGAGGAAUGGGCGGAGAAGAGCGCGCAGGCUAGAGCAGCCAUCCAAGCACAGCGAAACGAGGGUGUAGGAUCCGGUCAGAUGGUGGCAGGAAGUGGCGUACCAAGCCAUGUUGCCACCAGCAUGGACGACGAUGGUGGAGGGAGCGAAACGAAUUGGGACAUGGAUGCUGGAAACGACACGAGCAGCUUGUUUGACGAUAUACCCGUGGGGAUCAGGGAGUUCAUGAAGACGGAGAAGAAACUGAAGAUGCAGCAGAAGAAGGCGCAGGAGACAGUUGCAUAG